AGGCAGACUAAACGAACCACCCGCGCCCGUCUUGGAGAAGGGACUGGAAAGGAAUGAGAUGGCGGAGACGCACGGCGGCGGGGCGCGGCGGAGGUGGCUCGUCGACAUAGCCCGCUGGUGCCCCUCCCCCGCGCAGUUCCAAGCCGCCGCCGCCCUCCUGCCGCCGCACCACCACCCCGCCAUCGCCAGGUUUGUCAGGGAGGAAGACAGGAAACGAGCGCUCCUCAGCCGGCUGCUCCAGUACUCGCUUGUGCACCAUGUUCUUGGCAUUCCGUUCCACCAAAUAGACAUACGCCGCACGGUCGAGGGGAAGCCGUAUCUGAAGAACGGAACUGCGGCCUUCAGAAACUUCAAUUUCAACACGUCGCAUCAGGGUGACUACGUCGGCAUAGCAUCUGAGCUCCUCUGCCUUGUUGGCCUUGACAUUGUAUGCAUCUCUAAGCCCCAGGGAGAAACCACUGUGGAAUUCCUUAAGAACUUCUCUUUGUACCUUACAGACCAUGAGUGGAACUGCAUUGAUCGUGCUGGUGGUUCUGUUGAGAUGUUAACGGAGUUCUACAGGUACUGGUGUCUUAAAGAAGCAUUUGUUAAAGCUAUAGGUGCUGGGGUUGGGUUUGGUCUGAAUCGCUUGGAAUUCCACCAUGUUCAAUGGAGUAACAUCUCUGUGUACAUUGAUGGGAUAGAGUCUAGGAACUGGAGAUUCUGCCUUUUCAAGCUUGAUGAAAUGCAUUUGGCAUCCAUAGCAAAAGGGCAUCCGGAAGAUGCUGUAAGCAGCUUCAAGAGAACAUUGUCUAAUCUGGUUUUCGAGGAAGAAGAAUUUUAUGCUGCACUAGAGAUACCUGAAGAAGUUUUCACUCUACAGACAGUGGAACAACUUACACAAUUAUAAGAUUAGCUAGCUAUGCUCCUUAAACUGUGCAGUAGCAUACUAGUGCAUGAUUAUAUCAAGAAGGUGAAGCUCAUCAGGUUUAUUAAUUUGCAGUAUCAUACUACUGUAGGAUUGAAUCAAGGGAUGCCAUACAUACAAUGAUACAAGGUAUCAAAUUAGUAGAAUACAUCAAGAGACUAAACAAAUCAGGAAAUUAGGAAGAUAAUUAUAUGCCUGCUAAAUGUAAGCUAUUUUUUAAUUGGAACAGGGACGCAUGAUUAUGCCCACAGCUUUUGUGCAGAAUAAUUUAUAGGAUUGUUUUUUCAA